CAAAGACGUCUUCACUAGUCUACUUGCUAAACAACGGUAAUGGAGAGCAGUGCACAGAGGCGCUUGGAUUCAAUUACCCGCCACCUUCUUCUUCCACUUCAAUCCAAUCAUGGUCUUCAAAAGGUGGUGUUAUCAAGUAAUGGGGGAUUGAAGCAUGAAGAGGCAGAGCCAGUGGUGAUAGGGGGUAUGGUGUUGGACAUUCAUGCCACUCCUUCUUUCCCUGCAAAUCCCAGAACCACUACUCCAGGCAAGGUGAGCUACGUAUUAGGAGGGGUGGCAAGGAAUGUUGCCGAGUGCAUGGUCAAGCUGGGAGCAAAGCCCUUCAUGAUUAGUGCCUUGGGGCUUGACAUGGCAGGAAACUUAUUAUUGGAGCACUGGGAGUCUGCUGGGCUAUCAACCGAAGGAAUUUGGAAGUACCAAAAUAUCGAGACUGCUGUUGUUUGCAGCAUAAUUGAUUCCAGUGGGGAGUUGGCAACUGCUGUUGCAAGUGUAGAAUCUAUUGAAAAAUUUCUAACACCUGAGUGGAUUGAGCGGUUCAGAUGCAAUAUACAUUCUGCUACAGUGGUCAUGGUUGACGCAAACUUGAACCCUUCUGCUCUAAAGUCUUCUUGCCAAUUGGCAGCAGAAUCUAAAGUUCCUGUGUGGUUUGAGCCGGUUUCGGUAGAAAAAUCAAGAAGAAUCAAUUCAGUUGUCAAGUAUAUAAGUUUUGCUUCUCCCAAUGAAGAUGAACUUGUUGCUAUGGCAAAUACUUUAUCUGGUGGUAAUGUGUUUUGUCCAAUUGAAAGGGAAAGUAGCACAAGUAAACGUUCAAAAGAGAAGUUGUUUCAUAUGCUAAAACCUGCAGUCUGGGUUUUGCUAGAGAAUGGCAUCAAAAUAGUUAUUGUGACACUUGGUUCGGAUGGAGUGUUCUUAUGCUCUAAAGGAGGGCCAAGCUUGAUGAGAGUUGGUUGUGAUGGAAUCAAACCAUGUAACUCAAAUGAAAUAUUUUUUAAUACUAUGACUGCAAGUUGUCCUCCAAAACCAUAUUCGAGUCUUCAGGAUUCUGAGAGAAGCUCUUUUCUGUUAGCUGUGCAUUUUCCUGCGCUUCCCGCAUCAGUGGUUAGGCUUACAGGGGCUGGUGAUUGUCUGGUUGGGGGAACAAUUUCUUCUCUUUGUGCAGGCUUAGAUAUCAUGCAAAGUGUGGCAGUUGGUAUUGCAGCUUCUAAAGCUGCAGUUGAGUCAAAGACCAAUGUGCCUUCCACAUUUAAUUUGGCUGCAAUUGCAGAUGAUGCAAGGUCGGUAUACUCAGCUGCUGAAGUUGUAUUCCAUCAAUCAAUGCUGUGAAACGGUGGAAUUGAGAUUUUUCUUUCAUGCCAGUUAUUGAACCUCUACUACAUCCGUUGUAAAUGUAAAUUUCUGUCUGAAUAAUAAAAUUGCAUAGGGUAGUUGUUUACUAUUGUUGAGUUGGAAGACGGAGCAUGGCUAAUGCUUGUAAUGUAACUGGAGAACUCACUGAAUCUUUCAUGGAUGUACUUUUAAAUUUGAAGCUCCAUGAACGGCUCCAAGUUUUAAUUUUUAAGAGCUUUUUAC